ACAAUUCCCCCCCAACUUCGUUAUUCUUCUUUUGAAAACUCUUGGAUUUUUGCCAUUUAAGCUGCAAAUGAUGGCAGAUCCGUCGGAGGCGGGCGGGACGCUGAACGACUCGACUAUGCUCGCGAUAACCGGGAAAGCGAUGGUCGUGGCGGUCAUCAGCCUCGUCUUCGCGGUCGCCUGCGUCUUCCUCUUCCAUCUUUACACCAGAUGGCUCCGGAGCCGUCAGCGCGGCGGCGGCAGCCGAAGACCCACCACCGCAGGGCGUAGCCAUCGGAGACAAGAAGAAGAGAGGUCAGCCCUCCGCCGGGGACUCGACCCGUCUGUGCUGAAGACAAUUCCGGUGAUCACAUUCGGUGCCAGAGAGGUGAAAGAAGAAGUAGAAUGCUCUGUGUGUCUCAGCUUGGUGUGUGAGGGUGAAAAGGGAAAGGUUUUGCCCCAAUGCAGCCACUGGUUUCACGGGGAUUGCAUUGACAUGUGGUUUCAAUCCCAUUCCACUUGUCCCCUGUGUCGGAAUCCCGUUUCGGAGGGGAAAUCUCCGGUCACUGGUGGCAGUUUAUUAGGGCCUUGUUUGCGGGAGCCUCCGAGAGGGCCUAUAUCCACUCAAUUACCAUGUUCUUCGUCAUCGUCGUCAACGAGUAGUAGGCCAGAGGGAAGCUUGGUGAUUGAUAUUCCCAGGGAGAUUGUGGGAGAAGACGAUGAGCAUAAGUCAUCUCCUAUGGCUACCAGAUUGAAGUCUUUUAGAAGGCUGCUAAGCAUGGGGAAAAGGGCUGGCCCAAGCAGUCCCACUAGUCAUUUAGAUUUAGAACAGAGCAUGAAAAGUCAAAUCUAGGAGUUUAGGAGGAUGUGACAUACACAAGUACUUGUAUUCUUUUGUUUAUUAAAAAAAAUCUAAUAAAAGAAAACUUUCUAA